UGCAGCAGCAGAGACAAGGCAAAAUUAACCAACCCUUCUGAGCUUUACAUCCUCUUCUCUGCAACAAUGGCUACCGUAGUUGAAACCACCCAAACCGAAAGAGUAACCCAUGAUACCAACCUCACUAGAAUCUCCAUGUAUGACUGGUUCUCUCCUGAGACAGGAAUUUAUACAAGCAAGCAAAAGCCCAUUCAGCUCCCCACAUACCCAUUCCAAGAUGUUGUCUCUUUGAUAUUCUCACACAAACAUAAUGGAGUUUCAGCCCUUAUAGAUUCCUCAUCUGGGUUCACAAUUCCUUACUCCAAACUGCCUCAAAUGGUGAAAUCCAUAGCUUCUGGCCUAUAUGAAAUUGGGAUCUCUCAAGGAGAUGUUGUUUCAAUUCUAUUACCCAACACCAUUUACUUCCCUAUUAUAUUCAUGGGUAUCUUGUCCAUUGGUGGCAUUGCCACUGCCAUUAAUCCUCUCAGUAGUCUCCCUGAGAUACAGAAGCAGUUGAAUCAAUGCAGAACAAGUUUUGUUUUUACCAGUUCAGGUAAGAUCAAUGAAAUUGAGAAAAUGGGUGUUGGGGUUAUUGCAGUGCCUGAGAAUGUGGAUUCAAUUUCAAACUCCCCUGAAUUUUCCUGUUUUUAUAAACUUCUUUCUAGUAAACCAAACUUAGCACCAAAGCCACUAAUCAAACAAGAAGACACAGCAACCAUUCUAUUCUCUUCAGGUACUUCUGGUCCUAGUAAAGGGGUUGUUAUGACACAUAGGAAUCUAAUAGCAUCAGUAGAGCUGUUUGUUAGAUUUGAAGCUUUUCAGUACAAUUACCCAGCUUCAGAGAAUGUGUACUUGGCUACUCUUCCUUUGUUCCAUGUCUAUGGUCUUUCCCUGUUUGCAACCGGAUUAUUGUCUUUAGGAACGACGGUUGUUGUGAUGAGGAAGUUCAGUGAAGAAGAAAUGGUGAAAGCCAUUGAUAAGUAUAGAGUCACACAUGUACCUGCUGUUCCACCAAUACUGAGGUCUCUUGUGAGAUCAAAAAAGAGACAUGAGUUUCCAAGCUUGAAACAAGUAUCAUCUGGUGCAGCACCUCUGAGCAAGAGUCUCAUUGAAGAUUUUCUGAGGAACUUUCCUAAUGUUGAUUUCAUUCAGGGUUAUGGCAUGACAGAGACGACUGCAGUGGGAACCCGUGGCUUCAACACUAACGCGAUUAAGUAUACUUCAAUUGGACUAUUAGCUCCAAACAUGCAAGCUAAAGUGGUAGAUCCAAUCUCUUCUUCUUCUUCUUCUUCUUCUUCUAUGCCUCCUGGAAAAAGUGGUGAGCUAUGGCUACGUGGACCUGGUGUUAUGAAAGGAUACUUAAACAAUGAAGAUGCAACAAAAUCUGCAAUUGAUAAGGAGGGUUGGCUACAUACUGGUGACAUUGCGUACUUCGAUCAUGAUGGUUAUAUUUAUGUACUAGAUCGGAUGAAGGAGAUAAUCAAAUACAAAGGGUUUCAGAUUGCUCCUGCUGAUCUAGAAUCUGUAUUGAUUUCCCAUCCAGAUAUACUUGAUACUGCUGUUACAGCGGGCGUUGAUGAAAUAGCUGGGGAAAUACCAAUUGCAUUUGUUGUCAAGAGGCAGGGAAGUUUAAUUUCUGAAGCUGAUGUGAAGACCUAUGUUGCUGGAAAGGUUGCCCCAUACAAGAAGGUGAGGAAGGUGAUCUUCACAAGAUCCAUUCCCAAGUCCUCUGCUGGGAAGAUUCUUAGAAGACAACUCAAAGAGUCCUUGAAGUCCAGAAUGUAAGGGCCAAUUUUGGAAGGAAUUGUG